UCUAUGACCCGCAUGCCGAUGUCAAGAUCUCAGGUCUUGGCAGCCUCUUCGAUGAUCCCAACUUUUGUCGAAUCAUCCGAUCUCCACAUCGCACCUGCCACGCCCACCCCUCGUCUCCCCCACACAUCAGCAUGUCGAAGCACGUCAAAGAUGCCACGCGCUUCACAGCGACGGGAGUAUGGGCGCACACAAGACCGGGCGGACGCGCCUCGACGCUGCAAUUCGCCGAUCCAGCACCCAAGAACGAGACGCCGCAGCAGAAAGUCAAGAGGCUGAGGGAGGCGGCGAACAGGGCGAAGAUGGCGCAGGUCACCAAGUGGGAUUACGCGUAUCUGUACGGCCGAAUGGCUGCAGAUGCGGCGCAUAGGUUCACAGUGUAUGGGUUGAUUUUCGCAACCGGCUGUGUCGGUGUCCUCGCCGUGUUCUCAAUAGGCGACAUGGUCGUCUACAACCGCCGGAAACGCGCAAUCUACUUCGCAGAACAGGAGCGCGAACAAGCCAAGAUCCUCGAAGCCGCCCGAACAGCUGUCGCCGCAGGAAUUGCAUCGCCUGCGCAGGCGGCCCUCGUCGCAGGUAUUGCCGAGGAAGAGGAGGCGAUGGAGAAGAAGAAGGCCGAGAGGAAAGCGCCAUCGAAGCUGUUGUGGUGGCUGCACGGCGACUGGAAGGAGGAGAAGCUGUUGGAGGAGCAGAGGAAGGCGGCGCUGGCCGAGUUCAAGAAGACAGAGGCCGAGGGGCAGAGCUCAGGUGUCAAUGCUGGCGUUGCGAGUGUCACUGCGGCGGUGCAGGAGGCACGGGACAAGGUGGCGGACAAGGUCUCGAGCACUCUGUCGACAACAUCCACAUCAACGCCAGUUGUCGGCGGUCCGCUUGACCAGGAGGCCGCGCAGGCGACCCAGAAGAUUGAGCAGAAGGGCAAGGGCUGGUUGGGAUGGAUGUGGGGAUCCUCCAAGAAAGAGUAGGAUAUCAGAUUGAGUAAAAGGAGGCAACAGACCUCCGUGUACUAUACUCGACAUCAGCUUGUACAUCGCUGUUUCACUAUCAUGUAUGCAU